AACAAAAAUGAUACAGUUGUUUUACCUCUAUUAUCUUGGGAAGAUUUAUUAAAACAACUGGUAUCGAUUCAUGCGACGCCACCUUUACCUGGACUACCGUCAAUUACAUUAAAAACACCACCGUCAAUAACUCCAACUCAUCCCAUUCAACACAACAAUUAUCUUAUUUUGAUACUUGUUCGUAUUCCGGAAGAUACAACAUGGUGUCGUCCGUUGGUUGAAUAUUUUUCGACAGAAGAUAUGCUAUAUAUUAACGAUCUUCUCACGGAAUUGACUCGAGAAGAACAAGCUAAUCUUCUUCGAAAUGUACAAUAUCAACCAGCGGACGAUAUUAAUGAUGAUGAUGAUGAUGAUGAAGAUGAUAAUGAUGAUGAUGAUGAUGAUAAUGAUGAAUUAUCAACAUAUUCAUCAAUACCAGCAAGUCGAUCUAUUGGUAUUAUUUUACCUCAGGAUAAUUCAACUAUAAAUGGUCGAAUUGAGCAAUGGGUAAAUCAAUGCAUUGAAAUCGGUAAGAUAGUGUUAGCCUUUCUUAUUGUAUCUUCCGAAACACGAACAGGUAUCAAAAUAAGAUAUCUGUUGUGUUGAAUGGGACGAGUUGGAGUUAUUAUAAGCUUUAUUGAAAAGAAAAAGUUGGAAAAGAUCAGUACAAUAAUGAGGAGAAGGAGGCGAACCCAUUGUAACUUUACAUCAUUGACUGCGGACAAAGGACAGGACAAGAAAUACAUAUAAAAACAAGUGACAAGGACAACAUAAAAAAGACAGACAAAAUAAAGACAAAAAUAAAGAAUGAAGAGAUAGGCAUACGAGGAGGAAAAUAGGAGUUAGAAUCGUUGUGUGUCCUUGAUAUAAGUUGAUAUAAGCUUUAUUAUAUUAUGUAAAGAAGAGAAGAAAAAUAAAAAAUAAAACAACAACUACUGGAUAGACAUAUGAACAGAACAAAAAGGAGGAAAAAAAAAGCAUGAGGUCAUUUUGACUGAUCUGUAAAAUAAAAAGUUGCAAAUGUACAUUGAUAUAUAGUUAAAGAAAGAGCAAGAUUGACACAGACACAUUCAUUUUCUAGCACGGUUAGAUACAAAGCAUGUACACAGAAUACACGCACACGAUAUACAUACAAUAAGAAAGUAAACGAUUAGAAAGAAAAGUACCGGAUACUAAAAGUCUCUCAG